ACUGUUAGCAUAUUUGGUAAGUAAACAACAUGGCGCGGCGACCUUCUUGUGUCAUGGCCAACUCGAGCGUCGCGCGUUUGUUCGUUUUGCAGUUUUGAUAAAGGCAACGAGAUGGAGCGGAGACCAGUCUGAAUUGUCUCGGGCUGCAGACACGUUGAAAAUAAGUAUAUUCCAUUAGAGCAGUCCUGUUUGGGUAAUUCCAGCCUAGUUGUCAUAACCAACAGAAAGCGAUUAACUAUGGCUGAUUUGGUACCAGGGUGUUCUUCAUCUGUUGUGGAAAAUCAGAAGGUGGAAAUGAGAGAAAACAUACCCCCCAGAGCAACGGUUCAAGCUAAUAGGCAGUAUUUGUAUGAGGAAUACUUCCCAGAUAUUACUCUCAUUGAUGUCACACAUGAUUUUGACAGGGAUCAGACUAAGAAUGAUUUAUCUCUACUUAAAACCAUGCCAAAAACGCCUCUGACUGAAAGGACAUUGGUUAGAAAGUCUGCUAGGGUAGUGGAAAUCCCGAACGACCCCACUCUGACGCCAAGGAUGGAGGAAAACAAAGCAAGUGUCAGCCAACCUCGCAACUUGGAUACAAAUGCUUCUAUGUUUUGGUUGGAUAAUGAGUGCUUACCAGACAUUACUGAAUGCUCAUUCGAUUCCAUUACUCAGCAGAGUAUAAACUUUACUAUUAACUUAACUGCGUCUGACAUGCAAUUUAACAACAGUUCACAGAAAGCAGCCGUUGACUCUAAUUUAGAACGUGUAGAAACUUUGAAUCUUGAUGAAGCGACCAACAAAACGUCCAAGCCUUCAUGUCCAUCCCAGAUAACCUGCCCUCAAAAUGAUGACGGAAAGAUGUUGGAAAGCAGUUCUAGUGACUGUCACCGCAGAACUUUUGAAGCUAAAUUUCCCUCUCCGUCCAAAGGAACAGCAGCAAUGUCUGAAAGCAGUUCGACAGAUUGUCAUCACAAUACCUUGGAUAAAAAUCCUGCCUCUCAGUCCAAUAGCAUUGUAACCAUGGCAGAAAAUAGCUCUAAUGACAGUCACCAUAACACAUUCGAUGCCAAACUUCUUGAAUCCAGCAACAAAAUAACCUUGUCCCAAAGCACUUCAAAUGACAGUCACCACAACACCUUAGAUUCUAAUCCCCCCUCUCAGACAAAUGGCACAAUAACCAUGCCAGAGAGUAACUCCAGUAACAGUUGCUGCAACAACUUGGAUUCUAACCCUCCCUCUCUGUCCAGUGGCACAUUAGUCAUGUCAGAAAGCCGUUCUAGUCACCAAAACACCUUUGACGCUAAACCUCCUGAGUCCAAUGGCACAAUAACCUUGUUUGAUAGCAGUUCCGGUGACAUUCACCGAAACACCUUCGACGCUAAACCACCUAAGGCCAACGGCACAAUAAGCAUGUCUGAAAGCCGCUCAAGUGACGGUCACCACAGCACUUUUGAUGCAAAUGGCAUGAGAACCAUGUCGAUAAGCAGUUCAAGUGACAGCCAACCUCACACUAAACCUCCGACAGAGCCCAGCAGCACAGACGCCAACGCUGAUGCCAAGGUGGUUGAGCACCUUCAAGGCAAGUUUGAGGCCAGUGUCUGCAAAGCGGCAGCAUCCAGGCCUGGUCAAUGUGAGGCGAAGGAUAAUUCGCAAUCUCAGACUUUUGACCAAAGCGUGGAUCCAGAUGACAACAGCAAAGCUUUUUAUUUAGAUGACAUUAUCGAUUUCACGCAUGAGAAUUUAUGUUCUUCAACGCCAUUGACUUGCGGUAAAAUGGUCCCCUACGCCGCCAGGCCGGAUAAGAGCAAAUUGCUGGCGGCUCAGGAAAGACCGUAUGGGGAUGCUGCCAGUAAGCCAGAAGUUCAGAUGCAGCCCCAUGUACCACCAAACAUCACCUCUGGUCGAAAGAUAUCCUUGUCUCAACCUGCUGUAAAAUCGCUGCCGCCUUCGUCGAAAGCUCCAUCACUGCUGAUGAAGUUCAAGCCGACAACGUUGCUUCCAGGACGGGGCGAGGUGCCGGCAUCGGGUCUCCCCUUGUCGAGACAAAUUUUGACUAGCACACUUCAGGAGAGUUCAGCAGUGUCCAGUUCAUCCAACCUGCGAGCAACCACCACAGUAUCGAGGCUGCCAAAGUCUGGAGUGGGGAGGCCACUGCUCAGUGGAAGACCGUCAAGCCUCCCGCAUCUCAGACAGCCAUCGACAAGGAGCAGCACGCUGGCUUCCUCAAGUGCUGAUAAAAAACCGUCUAAUGCUGUGGUCAACAUCCCCCAAGCAAGGAAGCGUGACUUAAGUAGAGAUGGGCAAUUUAUAGCCAAGAAGAAGACCAAAACUGGUGUCCCCACGUCAUGCAGUCAUGUUGUGGCACCAGCGCCUUCUGCGGAUGCAACAAGCACCAUCAAAAGCUUGACGCAGGCUACGCAAUGUCAGCGAGCACCGACGGCUAAAACCUCAAAAGACGAUGCUACAGUGUCCUCAAGGGCUGGAGAUGCUGUCACAAGAACAAAAAAACUAAAACUGCCUGUGAUGAGUCAGAGAACUCAACUGGCUAUAAGUCCAGGUUGUGCUAAAUGCAGUGUGCUGGAACAGCAGUUUAAAAUCCAAACUGAAGAACUGCAGAGACUGAAAGAAGGUUGUGCUAAAUGCAGUGUGCUGGAACGGCACCUUAAAAUGCAAACUGAAGAAGUGCAGAGACUGAAAGAAGAGCUACUAAGGAAGCAAGAAGAGGAUGUGUGAAAGAGCAUCAGCAUGCCUCUGUAAAUUUUUAUGUAUUAAUAAAGUUGGGCUGCA